UGAUUUUGCAUUUCCAGGUAGGGAGAACUGUUUGUAAACAAAACAGUUCUCUCCACUGUCAGCUCCUGCACACUGCUUUGCCUGGCUGUGCAUAGUGUGCUUACAGUGAAGCACAGACACAGCCCUAGUAGUAAACAGCACACUGUUAACCCUUUGAUCACCCCACAUGUUAACCCCUUCCUGCCCAGUGCCAUUAGUACAGUGUCAGUGCUUUUUUUUCAGCACUGAUCACUGUAUUGGUGUCACUGGGGAUGUCCGUGACACCAAGUCAGUUCCC